AUGGCGGGAGAGAGGCUUGUGGGUACAAUUGCAAAUGGUGGAUGUGAAGAUAUAAACAGGUUGCCGGUAUCACUCAGCUGCUGAAAGAAAUACCAUCACACAUUCUUCCCAAGACAAUUAACAGAUCUAGACCAAAGUCAGAAGUGACCCAGUGUUCACUGCGGGGAAUCACGUGAUCACAAAAGUACAUCGUACGCACAAAAUGGCUGAAAAAGCUCUCGCUUAAUGACGGAAAUCAAGAACUGAGAUAAGAUUGUACUAUACAAGGUCCAAGAAGACUUUACCAUGUAUGCCAACAGCAAAUCGAUUCCGGUAAUGUUCUCUCUACAUAUCGAUAAGCAAAUAGAUUAAGCACUCAAUAUGAAGUGGACAAAUCACACUGGAUUGCUUUUGAUUUUUUCAUAUUGAGAAAUAGACAACAGUGAAGGGAAUGAAACAAGCUUCAGUAAGGGCAAUUUUAUAACUGCACUACCAUGACCAUGAAUAUUUGUGCUUAGGUACAGCUGGCUUGGUUUGGAAAUGUCACCGGGCACGAAUCUCUGUGCAAGACUGUUAUCCAGGGCACGAUAUAGGGAGGUCGACGCCGAGACUGUCAGAAGAAAAGCUGGAUGGAUAAUAAAACAGUUACAAUGGAUAGCAAUGAGAAUGGUGCCAUAGCACCAGAGUUCCUCAACUUCAUUGAUCGGUUGGAGAUGAAAAUCACAAGUCCAGGCCGGGAGAUGAUUAGUCCAACCAAGUCCUCAAAGCAACGGUCCUUAUUUGGUGAAAAUGACAAAGAUCCUGUAAGCACUGUUAGUGAUAGUGGUCAGGACUCCUCAAACAAGAGUUCUGAAGGUCAUCUUGAUGAGGAAGCUCAAACAUUUGUUGAUCGUCAAGAGAGAUACACAGAAGCUGAAGAAACUGAUAAAAUACUUUCUGAAAAAACUACUGUUGAAAGAUUAUUUGAUUUCCUAGAACCAGAAAUGCAGUCGUUAGAUUUUGCUAACAAUAAUAAUGGUUUUGCUGAUGAUUAUGAUGAUGAAAAUGAUGUGGACAAUGAGUUUGGACCGAAUGAACAGCUAGUUGAGCUUAAGAUCACAGAGUGUGUCACUGGUGAUGUGUAUCUUGGAAAGGAAGUUGGUAAAGAUGGUUGUGAUGAAAAUAAUGAACAAGAAAGUAAAUCAUUUUCUUCCAAAAGUGAUUCAAUGAAUCUUUACUGGUAUAAAGACACACCAUCAUUAGAUCUAGCAGAAUUAGAAGCUUUCAAAUCAUCCCAAGCAGAGAGAGUUUCAACAGAAAUAACUACUAGCAAUUUGUAUUAUGCAGCAAAAAAUCAACAAGAUAUUAAGGAAUCUGCGGAAAAUAAAUAUGCUAGGGAUGUAAUCCAUCAGAAUAGAACAGCUGAAGAUUCCAAUAGGGAGAAAUGGUCUCCAGCUUUUGAAUCAGCAUCAAGUAGGAUUUUAAAUCUUGCCACAGAGUUGAAAUCAGAACCAAAAGCUAAAAGAGAUGAAAGUGAUGCUACAAGUCAAGUAGUCAUUGUGUUUGAAAAACAACAUCCAUGGGGUCUUGAAAGUGAUGAGAAACUAAAAUAUAAAAGAAGAGCUGAUGAACUAGAGGAUUUACCUGACCUGGAAGAUGUUAUUAUUUCUGAUGUUUAUGGCAAGAAUGUAGGCAGUGCUGAUGAAGCAUUAGGACUUGAUGGUGAUAGGAAAGUUAAGUCCGUUGUAAAAAUGUCUCAUCUAAAGUCUUUUAAGGACCUGGAAAACGAGAGUAAUGAAGAUGAAGAGGAUGCAGUAGGCUAUAUUGAGAUGAAGGAUAAACCAGGAGUGCAAGAAGCUGUAAGUGCCUCUGAAGUUAGAAAUGUUGAAAUGGUCCAAGCUGCAAAGACAGGUAUUGAGAUGGAGAAAGCUGAGGAAAUGUCUAUGUCCUUUUGUAACAAUUUGGAUAACAGAACUGUAAGUCCAAAAUCGAUGCAGAAGUUUUCAAGUCAACAAACAGUUGCUGAUGUUGUUGAAAGCGUAGAAAAACAGCCUGUUGAAACAAGUACUUCCGGGCAUAUUCAAGAACCAUUUGUUUAUGAUCCCUUUACUGUAAAAAGGACUUACAAAAGUUCAGUAAAGUCUGAAGAAAUGCUUCAAGGAAAAAAUGGAGUUUUUGUAGAAACUGAAACAUUUGUUGAUGAGUAUUUGGAUGACAAAUGCUACUCGCUUAUCCUCCAAGACAGUUGGCUGAGGUUACGUAACAAGAGGUUUGAAAUGCAAGUCAACGCUUCAUUUGGUUAUGGGAACAAUAGUACAAUGGAUGAGAUUUUGACCAAUGAAAAUGAUAUCAAAGAAAUGCUAAUGAACAUGUACUCCACAGAGCUGGAACAGAGAAGGAAAGUUUCCGAUAGUCAUGUUGAUGUUCUAAUAGAUUCAUUAGGACUGAUGGAGUUUGUUUCCAUAGUAACCACAAGAAAGAGGUACCAGGUGGGGAACUGCAUGGUUUUGCUGGAGGUGUCAGACAAGGGGCACAUGGUUGGAGAAAUUGAGAUCAUUGUUAACAGCCCAAGGGCGAUUCCAAAAGCACUUGACCAAAUGGAUGCAUUGGCUUCUGAGAUUGGUUUUCAGCCUCUACAGGGCAGAUAAGACAAAUGCUGAACAUGGAUUUCUAUAACAUCAUAUUGUGGACUUAGCAGAUUUCAUCUCACAGAGACCAAUAGGGAAGAACAUUGGCACAAUGGUCUGGACACCCAAUAGAACUGUCUCAGUUACUCCUGCAGAAUGCACAUUUUGAUGCCAGUUUUUUUAUUUUGUUUUGUUUUGUAACAAAACAUGUUUAGUUAAAGGACUUGUAUUUGUGCAGAUUAUUUUAAAUUCACACUAUGUUAACUAAUUGUGGUCGGUCUAUUGAACUUGCUACUUACUGGACAAAGUUAAAAGUGUCAUUGCUUAUACCUUUGUAUUGUUCAGUUUUAAUCCUUGUGCCAUGCAAAUUGUAAAUUGUGUUCUGUGUAGCAAUGUUAUGUUUGUAUUGUGAAGGCUUUCCAAUUGAGAAGACAAUGAUAUUGCGAUUUAGUUUCUAUCCCCCCCCCCACCCCCCAAAAAAAAGUAAUAAAAAAAAUGCAUAAAUAUAUUAAUUUUUACUAAUGUUUUCAUUAAAAUAAUACUUAAUGUAUUUAUCUUUGACAUACAACUGUCUACAGUAAUUUAGAAUAUUUUCAAAAUGAUAAGUAGUAUACAUUUAGUCAUUGUAAAUUAAUAUAAUAAAAUAGAAAUUAUUUCAUUAUGUAUACAAGACUUAUAAGAAACUUUAUGUAUGGAUGUAUUUUUAUUAGAAUUGUCACCUGUACACUAUUGAGAAUUGUAAUCAAUUACUUGUAGAGUGUGUAUCAAUGAAUACCCAUAGGCAUCAGCCACAUCAUGUCAAAAGAAUAAAGAAUAAACUGUCAAAACUAUCGUGUAAAAUGAAAUGCUCAAUGUUGUCAUUAGACAUUGAUCUGUUCAUGGUUUUUCUGUUAGUGGGUUUGCUGGUUUAUGAUUCCUUUUCUCUGUGAUCCAAUGUAGCCGCUAUUUACAGGUCCAUGUAAGCCUCGUUCUAUAAAGACUGGGCUUUAUUCAUGUUUCAUCCAUGAUUAGUCUGUGCAGUCUGCUUUUAUGGCAUAUUUUGUUUAAAGGGGGGGAAUAAUAUUUAAAAAUCCUGUUAAGGAGGAAAGUGUUGCCUCUGAUUAGCCUGUGAGGACUGCACAGGCUUAUCUAAAAUGACAGUUUACGCAAUUAAUUUAUAUAAGCCCUCUUUUCCAAGAACAAACUGAUGUAGUGUUAAAGAGUUUGGUAAACUGUCUGAUAAUUGAACAUUUUGAUAGGUGUCACUUUGCUUUGACAAAUUAACAAACAUUCUUGUUUGAUAAAACAACAACAGAAAAUUAAAUCUGUUUAAUGUUUGAAAAAAUAAAUUGAAUGUCUGCAAGUGUUGCUCAUGAAGUAGCCAUUCCAGAAUUUUGGGUACAAGUUGUAAUGCUUUGUCAACGUCCAUUAAACAUGUUUGUUAUUUCUAGAAAAUGACUCCAGAUUUGAUAUUGUACUGCAUUUCAAAACUUACGUAUAAUCUUAUAUUUGUAAAAGAAAACAUCAUCUAAUGCCAGUGUUUAUUUGAUCAAUGAAGCAUUUUUCAAUGCCUUGAAGUUUUGGGUGCACAAUAUUUUUUCCCAUCUAAACAUUGUCCACUAUCUUAUGCCAGUGUUUAUUUGAUCAAUGAAGCAUUUUUCAAUGUCUUGUAGUUUUGGGUGCAUAAUAUUUUUUCCCAUCUAAACAUUGUCCACUGUUUUCUCACAAAUGUUUUGCAUAAUGGAGAGAAGUGUAUGUAAAAGAUUGGUCUUGCGUGUUUUAGCCGUGAUUGCUGUUUGUAAUAUUGUAAUUGUCCAACCGAUCCUGCAGAUACAUUUUUAUUGUUAUACGCUUGAGGCAGAGAUGUAUGGACUUACCAGUUGUUACAUUAAAGUGUGCAAUAACUCCUGAUAUAUAACUUUUUGCUUGAAUAUAAAGUGAUUAUUGAUUUAUCAUUGUCUGGCUUUGGGAUGUUUUGAAUUAUUUUUUGAUUACAUGGUAUACAUUCGUGCUCUUAAGGAUACAAUAUGUUUCUGUUUUAUAGAAGGAGCCUAAAUAAUGAGAAACACUGGCAUCAGAUCAUGUUCACUCCUGUUGUCCCUUAUCACGCCAUUGGUUUGUUGUAAUUGCUGUUGUUGUUGUUGUUACUUGCAAACAUACUACCAGUGUUAAAAAAACUUUUACAAGUAAAGAAGAAUAUAAACUUGUAAAACAUUAGGAUUAUUCUCACAUAAAUUUAAUGACAUUAUUUGAAAUGAUAAAUUCCUGAAUUCAAUAUUUACUCCAAUAGCUGAAUUUCAAGGAGGUUUUUUAGGCUUCUAAUUUUAAUGGAUCUCUAAAAGGUCAUUCUUACAUAAAUUCACAUAAAAUGCAGUAUCUGAAUUUAAUUGAAAAAGUUCUAUAAGUCUUCACAUUUGCCUAGCCAAAAUUUAAAAAAUCAGGAUUUUUUUCCAUCGCAGGCAUUAUCUCUGUUUCUUGCAUUCUCUUGUAUGAGAGGUACAAAGGAGAGAAUUCUGACCUGCAGCAUUACUGAAGACUAGCCAUGGAUUUAAUGCAAUUUUACCUGCAGUGUAUCAAUAUAACUAAUGCCUUAAGUAUUUAUGGCAGUUAUUGUAUUGCUUUGUUGUUACCCUUCUUCUAAUGCUUUGAAUGAUAAAUUGUACACUAUUGUAUAGCUUUGUUAUGAUGAUUAGUGUAUUAUUGUACAAAUUCUGUUUUAGAUCUUGUUUAUAUCUGAUCUUAUUUGCUGCUUUCAUAAUAUUUUUUACUGUUUUUUAGGUUUUAAUACAUUUUUUGCUCAAUUUUGUUUCCUAGUUUUACUCCAUUGUCAAAAUGUAUUGUUAUUGGCUAUUACUGUUGUUAAAUAACUUGUUGGGAUUGCAAAGUUGCCUUUCAUUCAUUCGUCUUUCAUGCCAUUUAUCUGCUUUACAUGUAUGUUGUGAUCUGACGCAUGGCAAAUAUGUAUUUUAUUGUUGAGUAUUCAUCAGAAAUCUAUAUUACACAGAUGGCAUCACCUUGUAAGAAAAAACACACUGUUUUUGUAAUUAUUAAAUUGUAAUACCUUUAUUUGUUUUGUAACUUUUUUGCAUAUAUAUAUAUAUAUAUAUAUUAGUUAUUACAACUUGAAUAUAAUUCAUAAUCAGUUUAAAUUUUUAUUUGAAAUUGUUUACCCAGGAGUCAUAGAUCUGAAUGUACAGAUAUACAUCUUUUAUGUAUAUACAGUUACAUGUGUCUCAAAGUUUUGUUGCAUUUUGAUUCGUUUUUGUUUAAUUUAUCUAUAUAAAAAAUAAUCUAUCUUUUUGUUACAUGGAUAUAUUUGCUUUUAAGAGUUAAACUUGUUUUUAUUUCAACAUAUUAUUUUCUUUUAGACUCUGUUUGUCCAGUUUGAGGAAGUCCAUGUUUUUAAAUGUUUUAUUUUGCAUUCCAAAAGAAGUUUGUAUUGCCCCCACAAAUGUAUGUAAUGGGAUUUUUGUAAUCUGUUGUGUUUUACUUUAUAUGUUAUCUCUGUACCCAAUUAAUUGUUAUGAGACAAAUCCUUAUUAAAUGAAAUGCAUUUUGUCCAUUAACUUGUUCAGUUAUAUAAGCAAAUACCUGAAGAGUAAAAUUCAACACAUUAUUUUUUGAAUGUUGGGAAAAAAUAUAAUGCAAUCUAUAGUCAAUGACAUAAAACAAAUAUGCAUUAUUUUCAUCCAUAUUAUGGAUAAGUGUUCUUGAUUAAAUGUUUCCACUAGACAUACCAAUUUGAUAACAAGUAUUUGAUUUAGAAAAAAAGAAUUUCUUUGUUUUGCAUUUGCUUUUUGUUCUGUUAACAAUCCAGUUUUUUAUCGGCAAGUCUAAAAUUUUACUCACAAGGGGCGAGGAAAGAUUGAUUUUUGUCUUAGAACAUACUAGUAUUAAGAUAUUGAUUGAAAUAAAUUUACAAGCUAGAACUUACAAUUAGAUCUGUAACCAUGAUACAGAAAUGAUACACAUUUCUCAAUAAAGGAAAGGGUUUUCAAUGGUCAAUGAUAGAUAACAAAAUAUUUUAAGGGAUUUCUAAACUUUAAUAUCAGCUUUGAUCUGUACCUCUAAAUAUUUAGAAAGUAAAAUUUCCACUUGCAUUUGAUAGAGAUCAUUUUUAGCGAGGCUGUUUUCGGAGAAAACCCGAGCAUUUGUCAUAGCCAGCUUGUUGUCCGCCGUAGGCGUCGUGCUAAAACCUUAACAUUGGCCAUAACUUUUUAAAUAUUGAAGAUAGCACCUUGAUAUUUGGCAUUCAUGUGUAUCUCAUGGAGCUGCAUAUUUUGAGUGGUAAAAUUUCAAGGUGAACAUGAUCCUUCAAAAUCUAGGGUCGAAAAAUCAAAGUUAAGGGAAGUAAUAAGCUUAAAAUGGACAGUAAUUAAGAUAAUUAUACAUCUCAUAUUAUAUAUUUCCUUACCAAGAAUUGAAGUUCUUUUCACAGUUACUGUACAGAUUUAUUAUUUUGAUUAUUUAUAACCCUAAUGAUUGAUUUUUUUUUUCAUAUGAUAUAAUUAUAAUUUCUUUGAUGUUCAUUACAUACCUGUAGACUUAUGUCCAUAGAUACAUGAUCAACUCUGGUUAUGAUCUCUUUUAAAUCACAGGCCUUGGUUGUCAGUGAUGUCUCCCCCCCCCCCCCCCCCCCCCCCCCCCCCCCCCCCUCUCUCCGGUUGGAUUGGACAAAAUUCAAGGGAAGUAAUAACAUGUAAAGGGAGAUGAUUUCUAUACCUGCCAAAUGAUAAAUAGAAAUUUUAUUUCAAUGCGGCGCAUUAGGGGGCAUUGUGUUUCUGACAAACACAUCUCUUGUUGGGUCACUAGGUCAAAGGUCAAGGUCACUGUGACCUCUAAAAAAACAAAAAAACUUCUGACAAGCUUUCGCAGCCAAGCGCGGCACCCGUUAUGCGGUGCUCUUGUUAUUAUCAUUUAUUCCUUUAUUUAAGGUUAGUAACCAAUCACUAGAUAAUUAGACACAUAAUAAAACCGGGGAGAAUAAACAAAUUCCUAUAAAUAAAUUGGGUCACAACAUUGGAAUGGUCAAUUCAAAGAAUAGCAUUUGGUCAUGCAUUAAAUAUGAACUUGUGUUUUAAAAAUAAAUGAUUUCCUUUUUUUGUGAAAACCAAAUUUUUAUUUCCAAAAUAAAACAAUGUUUUGUCUUGUGAGUUUGCCCCAAUUAACCAUGACAAUUCGUCAUGCACACAGAAUUGUUACACUUAUUAAUAACACGGAGACCAAUUACUCAGUUAUACAUUCAGAGUAAAUUAGUUGACAAAUCAUACCUUAUGUAUUUGAUGUGUGAGUCUUGGGUUAGCUUACUCUUGUAUUUUAGCAUUCAGUAUUAAUCUGCACCAUGUAAGCUGCAUCGUGCGAAAAUGGGUCUAAUGCAAUUUGCGACCAUUGAAGCUUCAGACCAGUCUGCACAUCCGCACAGUCUGGUCUGGAACUACUGUGUCGGCCAAUAAGACCAAGAAACCUUGUGACUGACUUUAUAGCGGAGAGAGUAGCUUCUUACCAGACUGCUCAAUUUCACAUGGCACAAGACCCUUCUUCGCAAGACGCAGGUCAUAUUUUUUAUUUGCAAAAAUGCUUGUUCUAUAUGAUUGCUAUACAGGCUUGUGUAAUGCUUCUGAUAUUUAAAUAAAGGAAUAUUUUCCAA